AUGUCUGAUUCCUUCGACGACGAUGACGACAUCUUCUCCGACCCCGCCGCCCUCACUGCAAUCGCGGCCAUCGAGGAGCGCGCCAUUGCUGCCUCGCAAGCACCCAAACGCGGGACAAGCCUUCAUCACCGCGUUACAGCCCCUGCAUCUCGUGGCCGCCGAGCAGCUGUCCCCGCUGUCGCCGCCGUUGCGCCGAGGAAGGCGCCUCCUCCGCUCAACACCAACCCACGCGUGACCGGUUGCGGCUUUGGAUGGGAGACUGGGGGAAAGCAUCAAGUUAGGGCAGAGCAAGCAGCUUCUCGCAACGCCACUGCUUCUGCUUCUGUCGCACCUCCACCAAGAGCCCCUCAGCAGCAGACGGACGAUGACUACCCGAUGGACGCGGUGGUCGUGAACGACAAGGGGCAGUAUGGGUUCGGAUCGAAUGACGACGACCCCAUUAUCGACCAGCGCAAACGGCCAGAGAUCAGACAGCUCGCAGAGAGCGCACCCCUACGCGCUGGCGAGCGUCCACCAUUGCCUGGAUCACAGGCGCGCCGCGAGGCCAUCGCCGCUGCCACUGCCUCCAACGCCCCUGCCCUUGGCAUGCGUGGCCCGAUCCAGCGGUCCACUUCAAGCACAUCUACGGGGGGCAUCCCCACGGACGCACCGCGUCUUGGCAACAGCCGCUCGUUAGCUCGCUCAAUCUCGACAGGAGCACAGGUGUUUGGUGGCCGUCCGCCAGCCGCCGGCUCAUCACGCGUUAGUAUUCUGCCCCCAAUCCCGUCUCAAGGCAGCAACCCACCGUCCUCUCAAGGCGCUGUCGCGCGCCGUGCCGUUAUGGAGCUCGAUGAACAGAAGCGCCUGCGCGAAGCGGCCGACACCGAGGUACUCGCCCUCAGGUCGCGAGUUGCUCUGUUGGAACGAGGAGGCGCCCGGAGUCCCUGGCGAGACGAAGUCCAGGCCGGCGACAAUGACUGGGAGACCAAGUAUGGGCAGAUUCAGCAGGAGCUAUGGGCUACUCAAGGCAAGGCGUCUACAGCAAAACGCAAUUGGGAUACGAACGAGGCCGCUCUCCGUGAUCAGAUUGAGAAGCUUCGCUCCAAGUUGCAAGACGUGGAAUCUCAGACUAGGGCGCGGGAACUUGAGGCCAAGCAGCGUGUCGAGAGCAUGAAGACGCAGGCAGUGUUUAGCAACCACAAUGCCAUCGCAUCUGCGUCCAAGGCUCGCCAGUGGUCUGGCUCUCAGCGCGCAGGUGCAACACCCAUGAAAGGUGGCUCGCCAUUACGCGACAAGAGUCUCAUGACGCCUGCACCACUUAUGCGCUCGGCUGCAAAGGGCAAAGGACGAGCCGCACCACCGCAGCGUUUCGACCACCUCACAAAUGCGUUCAACAUUACGCCGACGGUCAACUCUCGCGCCAAGCGACAGCGAACGGAGGUGCCUAGCCCAACAACCACGCCCAAGAAGCAGCAACAGCGGGUUGUUUCGCCGGUGGUUUCGCCGAUUCAAAGCCAGCAAAGCCAAGGCCGACAUGGAUCAGAUUCAGGACUGGACGAGGCCGAGUUGGACUGGCAACCGGUGUUUGAGCAGCCAGCGUUUGAAGAUGUGGUCAUGGACGAACGGGAUUCCAAACUUGAGCUGGUACACCACCUCCUCAACCACGUUACUUCGUCUUCUCUCCAAGACAACAUGCCGUCGUCUUUCAACUUGGGCCUCGCAUCUGAGCCUACCAUUCUCAGGAUCAUGAAGGCUCCCGUUCUCAUGAAUGACAUGGUCGCGGACGUCCUCGAUCUGCCGGUAUCUGCCUGGAAGGACGCCUGUCGUGAUCUCCUGCAGGUGUGCGGCGACAACAGCAGACCGUUUGACGCAAUAGCGCCAGACCUCAUGCGGACCUUUGCCCUCAUGCUCACCAUUGUCAUUGAGGCGGCAUUGGCGGAUAGGGAUACGGCGGAUGUUACUUUGACUCCGGUUCUCAUCGGUAUCCUUCGUUUCAUCGGGUCGACACUCUUGCUCUUCCCUGAGCUCGUCGAAUACAAUGGUGUAGCCAUUAUCGAAAUGACCCAGCUGCUCCGAGAGGUUGGCAGCUGCAUCACUGGACCGCAAGCCUUGGUCGUCCAAUCGCGCUGGGACAAGAAGGAAAAGGAGACACUGGAGGCUGACGUGCCCGCCAACCAGCGUCCCUCGGCCCUGUGUCUUGGCGAACUCGCAGACGCAGUCGUUGAGGUCGGAGAGGCCAUCUGCCUCGCCGACGUCAAGUGUGUCUGGACCUCUGACCAGCUCGCGUAUCUGAUACUUGCGUUCACCAAGGACGACGACCCGAGGACUGUCCGCCGCGGACUGGAUCUCUUUGUCGCUGCGUCGUGUCGCCAAGACCACUUCCGUGCCAUCAUCUUCCCGCCGGACAGCUUCCCCGGCGACGUACCUGUCAUUGACCGCGUUGCACGCUUCCUCGUCAACGGACAUCCCAAGAUGGAGGCUGCGCAGGUCACCACGUUGUCGCUCUCCAUUCUCGGCUCCCUGUUCAUGCUCUCGCGUUCUGACGCCGACGCCACUGUCCUCAUGACCGAGCACUCGGUGCUUGUCCCGGCUAUUCUUACGAUACUCCACCGCGAGAGUACAAGAAUUUGGGGCGUGCGCGCCCAAGACAAGACAAAGUACAACCCGCUCACCAUCCUGUCCCCUGCAAUCGCCUUGCUGCACCACCUCGUCUUCCCUCCCCCAUUGUCCAAUAACAUUCACGACGCCGGCCAAACCCGUGCAGUACCUGUGGAGGACAAGCGCCUCUUUGACGGCCCUCUGCCACAGGGCGUCGACCUCGCGCGCCGCCUCAACGAAGCAAGCUCGACCAAAGAGUUCAACGGCCUGCAGCACGUCUUUCUCACUGCACUGGGAAGCAUGGCGUAUGCCGAGUACGCCGACAUGGACGAGAGCAAGUGGGAGAACUCGUCACCUGGCACAACGUCUCUGCCUUCCGACCAUGCGAGUGACCUGCGCGCCAUCCAGUUCAUCGCGCAGGAUCUGCUCGAUGCUGUCGUUGAAGGUCCAGAGGGCGACCAGGUGUACGAGCUGUACGUCGACGACGACGACCACGGAGCUGCAAACAUGCCUCCUCCAGGAGGCUCUGCUGUUCAGCAGGCCGAGGACGUGGAUGAGGAGGACGAGGAACGCAUGAUUGGCGACGCAGAGCAGUGGGAAGCACCGCAGAGUCCCGUCUACCACUACAUAUCUGACGAUUGA